CGGACAUUAUGCAAGUAAAGAUGCAUAUGGCCGACGUCGCCGGACACUGUUUAAUGAAAUAUGAAACUCCAUUUGCGCGUAGCCGAGCGUAAACCCUUUGUAUUGGGCGACGCGCGAUUCUGGGAUAGAAAAAUCGCCCGGGACACGUAGAUUCUCUUUCAGUCGGCCGGCCGUAAAGUCCCGUCGAGCCGUUGGCGGAAUCGCGAGGCUAGGCCGCUGACAAAAAUGGCGUAUCGCGGUGUGAAGGGCUCCGAUCCGUUUGUGUCAAAAACCUCGCGGAAUGAACGUUUCGCGCAGAUGUCAAAGCAAGAGCAGAUCAUCCAGCAGAAGAAGAUGGAGAUCCAGGCGAAGAUGCAGGAGCAGAGGGCGAAGGAGGCCGUGGAAUGUAUGAAAAAGUCAAGCUCGUCGGCCUCUACCACAACAACCAGUAAGAGUGUUCCAAAGGAAGACGACGAGAAGCCUACCAUGAAUGUGUUUGCCAAUGACGGCAGUUUCCUCGAUCAGUUUAAAAAGAUAGCUAAUAAAGCGACUGGCAAGCAAGAGCAGGACAAGGAAGACAAGAGAAGAGACGACAGAGGCUACGAGGCCAGAGAGAGGGACAGAGAUAGGAAACGCAGCAGCGAAAAGAGCAGAGAUUGGGACAGCAGACGCAGCGAUCGCAGAAGAAAUGACACCCGAUGGGGGAGAAGUUCGGACCGAAAGCACAGCUCGUCGUCGAGUCCGUCGCCGACCAGGCGAAGAUCGCCGCCCAGCCCGGAGACGCGUCACGGCUACAAUCAGUCGCAGAACGGGCAGCGCGCGCAGUUCAGCCAGCAGUUCCCAAUUCAGAAUAACAACCACGUCUCUUCCAUCCCGUCCCUCAUGUCGCAACCGGUGCAGAUACAAAUGACGAAUGUGCCGCCCCCGAAUUUAAGGAACCUGACGCCAAGCAUCCCGUCCGCGCACAUGCAGAGGAUACCGGUGUCGAAGAAUUUCAGCAAUAAUUACAGCAACAUGAACGAGCACUCCCCUAACGUUAGAAUGCAAAUCGCGCCACCACAUAUCAUACGUCCUCCACCGCCUCCCCCGCUGCAGAGCAUUCCACCCAAUACAAACGUGCCGCCGCCAAACAUGCAGAUGCCACAAGCCAUGCCAAUUCCCAACUUGUCCUCACCGUCGAGCGCGCAGCAGCACAUGAUACAGAAUCCGCAGCAAUGCAACGUACCACCGCCGGCGUGCAACGCCAGUUUACAGCCCCCGAAUAUUCCCCCGCCUAACAUGCCACCGCCCACCCUUUUGCCAUCCAUGUCGCAAAUGCCUCCGACCAUGAUGCCUAUUACAGGCUCGCAGGCCAUUGUGGUAACGGUACCGAACGUAGCCAAUGUCCCACCUCCGAACGUGAUAACAUCCAUGAUAAUGUCGGCACCCCCGCCAGUACACACCGUCCCUUCGACCAUCAAUUCGGUCCCGCCACCAAACUUGAAUAUCCCACCGCCCAAUAUCCCGCCACCCAAUGUCAUCCAAAAUGCAGCAUCAUCGCGCGGUCUUGUGUCCAGCGGCUAUGCUCUUUCCAAUCAGGUACCUAUCUCAGUGGGUCCUCCUAACGUACAAAUACCACCGCCUGUGAGACCGCCGGUUAAUCUACAAAGUUCCGAACAAGUGUGUUUAGUAGAGGCUGAGCAGCUGGCACGAAUCGUGGCUGACUGUGGGGAUGAGAUUGAACAAGAAGUUCGAGAGAAGAAUGCCCAAGAUCCUAAAUUAUGGUUUCUGCACCAAAAGCAAAGUGCAGCGUAUCUGCAGUACAGGGGAUUGGUUUCAAAAUUACGUGCGGAGAAGCCAGAUAAGGAUAAGAAGAACAGUGGUGCAGAACUUUAUUGCCCUGAAGAAGCUCUUAGUGACAAUGACGAGGCGGAUAAAUCUCAGAAAUUGCAUUCAACUCUACACGCAGAUCACUUAAAGGAGGAUAAUAAGGAAGAGCGGAAAAGAAGAAAACGUAGUCGCUGGGGUGAUCCAGACAAUAAAGUUCUCGUUUCAGAGACAAACAUACCUUCUGGUAAUAGAUCGGGUGCUAUACUUCCGCAACCUGGCAUAGCUAUACCUGGACAAAUUGGACAACCCGCAGUCAUAAUACCUUCUCCAUCGAAGAGGCAAAACACUAAGUCAAAGAACCCAAUGCUUACCAAAAUUUCACGAAACGAUCCUGCACUCAUCAAUUAUGCGAGACAGACAUUUGGUACGCUCGAUUUAAGUGAAGAGCAAUGGAAAAAGGCAGAGGAUCAUUAUAAGAUAAAUCUCUUGUACCAAAAUCUCUUGAGGAAAAGAGAAGAAGUGAAACGCUUGGAAGCACAAGGAAAACAUAAAUACGAGUAUGACAGCGAUGAAGAGACAGAAGGAGGAACUUGGGAGCACAAGCUGAGGUCCGCUGAAAUGGAGGCAACACAGAUGUGGGCCGAGGAAUUAACUGCGCAAGCAGAAGGCAAACAUCACAUUGGCGACUUUUUGCCACCGGAUGAGUUAAAAAAGUUCAUGGAACAAUAUAAUGCCGUAAAGCAGGGAAAAGAACCUGAUUUGAGCGACUAUAAGGAAUUUAAGUUGAAGGAAGAUAAUAUAGGAUUUCAAAUGUUACAAAAGCUUGGAUGGAGCGAAGGACAAGGGUUGGGUAGCGAGGGUAGCGGCCGUAUUGAACCAAUUAAUAAAGCUACAAAUAGACUCGAUAGUGCAGGUUUGGGAUCUGAAAGGCCAGAUGGUGUAUCUAGGGAUGAUGACGAAUUUGAUGCAUAUAGAAAACGGAUGAUGCUAGCUUACAGAUUUAGGCCUAAUCCAUUGGCAAGUAUCACGAUUGUUAUAAUAAAAUAACGAAAAGCAUUAAGAAAAUAUUUAGUUUAAGUAUUACGUUUUCUUUUUCAGAAUAAUCCAAGACGACCUUAUUACUAAUUACUAAUAUAUUAUCACUAAAUUAGUAUUCCUUUUAUUACCGAACACUGUAGUAGAUUGCCUUUAUUUUGUAUAUUUGAGAUUGUAAAUUUCAUUUUAAAAUAUAUCUCUUGUACAAU